AUGAAUACAUCAGAUCAGUAUGAUAUGGCUGAUAGCUAUGUUCAGGAUGAAUCAGAAUCAGAACAAGGCUUUUUGAGAGAACAAGACAGAUUCCUUCCGAUUGCAAAUAUUGCAAAAAUAAUGAAAAAGGCAAUACCAGUCAAUACUCAAGGAAAGAUUGCAAAAGAUGCCAGAGAGUGUGUACAAGAGUGCGUAUCCGAAUUUAUAUCUUUUAUUACUUCAGAAGCAUCCGAGCGAUGUUCAAAUGAAAAGAGGAAAACAAUGAAUGGUGAAGAUAUUUUAUGGGCAAUGCAGAAUCUGGGAUUCGACAAUUACAUAGAUCCAUUAAAGAUGUUCCUUCAAAAAUAUCGAGAUGCAUCAAAAAGUGACACAACAAGAGAAGAAUCGAAUGGACAGAAUGAGGAAGCAACUACAUAUAGUAAAUUUCUUAAUGAAAACCCUUAUUAA